AUGCAGUGGCUGAAGUCGCUGCUCUGGCUGUGUGCUGCUUCCACGGUGGUCGCUCAGUCCACUGAGGGAAUCUCCAGUCUUGUUCAGCGUCGACUGCCGAAACAUGCCAACAGCUUCCGGUUUACCUUGGUAAAUGCCACUAAAGCUACCAAUACCUCCGACGAGUACGUCGUGAACACCGCUGCCAAUGGCACAGUUCUUGUGCAGGGUAGCUCGCUAAGUGCAUUGUCCUCGGGUCUCCACCGCUAUCUCACUGAUGUCGCCAAAGUUGACAUCUACUGGUACAUUGGCAGUCAGCUGGACCUUGUGCCCGCCCAACUGCCACAACUUGCGCGGCCCAUCACCGGCUCGAGCACUGUACCGUGGCGGUAUCACUUUAACACCGUGACCUUCUCCUAUACCAGUGCUUUCUGGUCCUGGGAAGACUGGGAGUUACAGCUAGACUGGCUCGCCCUCCGUGGCGUGAACCUGGCCCUGGCCUGGGUUGGCGCGGAGAAGAUUAUGGUCGAAGUGUUCCGUGAGAUUGGCCUCACGGACGGCGAGAUCUCCAGUUUCCUGAGUGGCCCGGCCUUUCAGGCAUGGAACCGAUUCGGCAACAUCCAGGGGUCCUGGGGCGGAGACUUGCCAAUGCAAUGGAUCGAUGACCAGUUUGUCCUGCAAAAGCAGAUCGUGCAACGCAUGGUGGAGCUGGGUAUAACCCCCGUGCUCCCCGCAUUCACCGGUUUCGUCCCUGACAAUAUUACCCGCGUUAUGCCUAAUGCGAGCGUGGUUCGAGGCUCUGAAUGGUCUGGGUUCGCUGAGCAGUACACUAACGACUUGUUCCUCGAACCAUUCGACAACUACUAUACUCAGCUUCAGAGCAGCUUUAUCCACAAGCAACAAGCUGCGUACGGAAACGUGACCCACAUCUACACUUUGGAUCAAUAUAAUGAGAACAACCCAUACUCAGGCAACCUUACUUAUCUGAACAAUGUCACACGAAACACCUGGCUCAGUAUGAAGAACGCCGAUCCCCAGGCUAUCUGGAUGAUGCAGGGCUGGCUCUUCUACUCUAGCUCGACCUUCUGGACCGACGAGCGCGUGGAGGCCUACCUUUCCGGUGUCGAGAACAACGAGGAUAUGUUGAUUAUUGACCUGUACUCGGAGUCAACCCCAGAAUGGCAACGCACAAACUCGUACUAUGGCAAGCCCUGGAUCUGGUGCCAGCUGCACGACUUUGGAGGCAAUAUGGGCUUGUAUGGGCAGAUUAUGAAUAUCACCCAGGACGCGACCAACGCACGUCUCCAGUCCACGUCGAUGAUCGGUUACGGUCUGAGUAUGGAAGGCCAGGAGGGCAACGAGGUUGUAUACGACCUAAUGCUAGACCAGGCGUGGUCAUCCAUCCCCCUCGACACGGAUGUAUACUUCCACAAUUGGGUGACUAGCCGGUACACAGCCGCAAAGUCGAUCCCAAGCGAGCUAUACGAAGCCUGGGAAAUAAUGCGCAUAACCGUGUACAACAACACCAACCUAACGUCCGCAAUUGCCGUGACCAAGUCCAUCUUCGAGCUCCAACCCAAUAUCAAGGGCCUUCUCGGUAGAACGGGCCACCACCCAACAACUCUGAACUAUAACCCAUCCACCCUGGUCAACGCAUGGCGACUGAUGUAUCAGGCCGCCAACGCCGAAAAUUCCCUCUGGACAAACCCGUCCUUCGAGUACGAUAUGGUCGACGUCACGCGCCAAGUCAUGGCUAACGCUUUCAUCCCCCUCUACUCGAACCUCGUUUCAACCUACAACGGCGGUAACUCAUCCAAAGACGCCAUUACAAACGAAGGUACCAAACUCACCAGUCUCCUCAACGACCUGGACAAAGUCCUCUCCACAAACCCUCACUUCUGCCUCUCAACCUGGAUUGACGCUGCCCGGUCUUGGUCCGGAGGUAAUGCGAGCUACUCCUCCUAUCUCGAGUACAACGCCCGCAACCAGAUAACACUUUGGGGCCCGCGGGGUGAAAUUAGUGACUACGCCUCUAAGUCGUGGGCAGGUCUGGUUUCCACUUACUACGUUCCCCGCUGGGAGAUGUUCGUUCAGUAUUUGAAGUCGACGCCACCUGCUUCGUACAAUCAAACUGAAUUCAAUGCUCAAUUGUUGAAUUUCGGUCUCAAGUGGAACGCACAAACGUCGAAUACGCCCAAGUCUUCGUCUGGUGGUGCGAGGGAUCUAAAGAAGGUGUUGGCUGAUGUGCGGGGUCAGUGGUCUACCGUCUUUGGGGCUUGA